AUGUUCGGUUUCGGCGACGCCAAGGAAAACUACGACCAGCUCCAGGAGGGCAACCACGAGGCCAAGUUCUCCCACGAGCUCCUCGCCGGCGGUGCCUCCUUUGCCGCCUUCAAAGCCUUUGAGGACCACCAGCGCUCCUCGGGCCAGCCCGUCUCCCACCAGUUCGCCAAGGAGCUCCUCGCGGGCUUCGCCGGCGCCGAGGUCGACCGCUUCAUGGAGAGCAAGGGCGCUGACUGGAUCGACAAGGAGCGCGCCCAGCACGAGGCCAAGAAGCGCGCCGAGGACAUGUACGACCAGCACUACGGCGGCCAGGACAACUACGACCCCAACAACUAUGGACCUCCCGAGCACUUCCGCAACUAG